AUGAACGAGAUUUCUUCUUCUCCUUUGUACAAAGAUAACGCUGACUGGAAGGAUGUGACUCCCAUCUACCCCGGUAAAGACGAAGAGGUGGCUGUGAAAAUCGCCGUCACCGAGGACUUUAUCGAUGCGUUCGCGUACUUCCGGGCUGUGCUCAUAAAGAAAGAGAAAUCACCGCGUGUGAUGACUCUUCUUGAGGACUGCAUCAGAUUGAAUCCUGCUAACUAUACUGUCUGGCAAUACCGUCGUCUCUGUCUUACCGAACUGGGAUGUGAUCUGAAAAAAGAGAUGCGUUAUCUUGACGAGAUCAUUGAGGAAUCUUCUAAAAACUAUCAAGUUUGGCAUCACCGUCGAUUCAUCGUGGAGCUGAUCGGCGAGAGUGUGGCUCAGGGCGAGCUCAGUUUUUGUGAGAAAAUAAUUCAAGACGAAGAGAAGAACUAUCACGCUUGGCAACAUCGUCAGUGGGUUGCUCGAACUUUCAAGGUUCCUCUGGACGCCGAGCUGAGCUUUGCUCUCAAGAUGCUCUUAAUUGACAGUCGGAAUAACUCAGUCUACAAUUAUCGAUAUUUCUUGCUUACUCUUCACGAUAAAAUCGAAGACAAGAGCAUGAUUGAUAUCGAGAUCAAUUUGGCCAAACAGUUCAUUCGGAACAUUCCAAACAACGAAAGUGCUUGGAAUUAUUUGACGGGCCUAUUGAUCAAUGAUGGAAUCACUGCGAACUGCGAUGUGGUCAGUUUUGUGGAGGAUCUGUACGAUACUACACCAGAAAAAAAGCGCUCACCGUUUCUUCUCGCUUUCAUUGCUGAUAUAAUGCUGGAGAACAUCGAAAACCAGGUUAAAGCAGACGAGAGUGCAGAGCGUGCCAAACAGCUCUACAGUGAACUCCAAAAGUCCGACCCGGUUCGUGUCAACUACUACAAGCAUCAAAGUCUUCUUGCUCAAACCAUGCUUGUCAAAAGCCAAACAAAAGUUGCCGCAAAGUGA